AUGUUCUCCUUCCGGGAGGCUUUGGCAGAAGACCAAUUUCCGACUGUGUGCCCAAGUGGCGAGAAUGAGAUCGAUCCCAGUGAUGGUUGGGACCUGGAUUUCUGCAUGGAGGAAGCGGUGCGGCCUGAGCUGCGACUGUACUGCGGAACACGCCCUGACGUGACGCUGAGCUGUAACGGUGGUCGCAAGCUCCUCGCCCAUCGGCGUGUCCUCUCAGAGGUCAGCUACUUCGAAUCGCUAUUUGAAGGCAACUUCGCGGAACGUGGCACUGACCUCGUGCAGGUGGAAGAGGACUUGGAGAUUUUCUUAGAAGUCAUUCGAUGGAUCUACUGCCGCAGCGCAACCAGUGACAAGGACAUGGCACUGGAUCUGCUACGCUUGGCAGAGUUUUACGGCAUUGAUGGCCUGAUAGAUCAUGCAGCUCGUGUGCUUGCAUCACCAGCUGUGGGUGUUGAUGACACGGUUUCGGAGCCGGACUCAGGGCCUGGCGCUGACGGACAGGACAGUGCCGGGGACAAAAGCUCUUCGAUUCCUUUGGUGCCUGAGACGGCGGUUGCAACACAGUCGUACCAAAUCGUGAAACACCCCCGUUUCGAAAGAGGCGAAAUGCAGCUUCAGAGUGUUGCAACAGUAGACGGUCAUGUAACCAGACCGACCAACGCCAGGCCCCUUUCUGCAUCCGCUCGUCACUGA